AUGUCACCCCCAGCCUCCGUGCAUCCUGCGACGUCGGCCCUGCACGCCGACGACUACCUUAACUUAGUCACGGAUGUUGCACCACCAAUCCACUUGUCCACGACCUUUCGGUUUCCCAGAGAGCCAGAAAACUUAAUCCCGUCUGAAGAUCCAGUGGAGGAAUUCGAUGGCAAAAACUACGUUUACUCUCGGGAAUUCGCUCCGAACGCUACACGUUUCGAAGCUGUGCUCUCGGAGCUCCUAAAGGGUUAUGCAGUGAGCUAUUCCACGGGAUUAGCUGCGCUGCAUGCAGCACUGGUUCUUCUUAAUCCGCGUCGUGUCUCCGUGGGCGAAGGCUAUCACGGUAGUCAUGAAGUUAUCGGCGUUAUAUCGCGUCUCUCAGGGCUAGAAAAGCUGCCGCUCGACUGCCCAGCUGAAAGUCUUGGAGAGGGUGACGUGAUCAUACUCGAGACGCCAGUGAACCCGCUUGGGACUGCGUUCAGUAUCAAGGAAUAUGCAGAGAAAGCUCAUGCGAGAGGGGCAUACCUCAUUGUUGAUAGCACAUUUGCGCCUCCACCGCUUCAGGAUCCAUUCGCAUGGGGUGCAGAUAUUGUGAUGCAUUCUGGUUCCAAGUAUUUUGGGGGCCAUAGUGACCUUCUUUGUGGAGUCCUUGUAGUGAAGAUAAAGGACUGGCAGAAGAAACUCCGGGAGGACAGACUGGCACUCGGCAAUGUGAUGGGCAAUAUGGAGAGCUGGCUGGGUCUUCGCAGCCUUCGGACGCUGGAUCUCCGAGUGCAGCGAGCUAGCGAAAGCUCAGCGAAGCUGGUUGCGUGGCUACAUACGGCUUUGAAGACACGAGGCCCGGCUACAAACAGCGACGAGCACCUUGUGCAGACUGUAAUCAAGGAGAUGCACCAUGCCAGUCUGCAAGACGAACCUUGGCUACGCGAGCAAAUGCCCAAUGGCUUCGGCCCGGUUUUCUCAAUCAUAUUGCGGAGUGAGGAUUUUGCCCGCGCUUUGCCGAGCAAGUUAGCUCUGUUUCAGCAUGCGACAAGUCUGGGUGGUGUCGAGUCAUUGAUAGAGUGGCGUGCUUUAUCAGAUUCCCGGGUUGAUCGGAAGCUACUGAGGAUCAGUGUAGGGUUGGAGAAUUGGGAAGAUUUGAAGAAUGAUCUGCUUCACGGGUUCAGAUCUCUUUUGAGGGAGAGGCAAGGAUGCUCAUAG